CCAACGUCGACACACCCGAUUGUGGGACCCUCUCGCAUCCUCGACAGACGUCGUACAGAAAAAUGUAGCAAGGCAUCCCGCUCGUCGCCGGUCUCCCAACGCAUCCACGACAACCACAUGGCCGAACAUUGACCAUGCGAGCAUCUCGGGUGGCCCUCGUUGGGCUUGCCGCUGGUUCUCCGAGAACAGAUUGCCGACUUCGUGCAGCUCCACAGCGCCGGGAACCAAGGCCGAGCUCAAAAAGCGGGGCAAAUAAAUGAAAUGUCGUCUGCCACCUCUUCAGCUCCUCUUCGCCCCCUUUCUUCCCCAUCUUCGUUCUUUCCUUCACUCGUCAUCCACUCUUCAGUCAUGUCACCUACUACCACCUCGACCGCGGCGCCUCCCUCGCUCAAAGAGAACCUAACCCUCAAGGCCACCCACGAGAAGAAGCUCGAGCUCAUCAAGAGCCAAGCUAAGCCUCCUGGACCUGGUCAGGCCUUGGUGCACGUGAAGGCUACUGGUGUCUGCGGAUCCGACGUCCACUUCUGGCAACAUGCCGGCCUUGGCCCCUGGCAAAUCACAGACAAGACUGCUCUCGGCCACGAGUCCGGAGGCGUAGUGAUUGCUCUGGGUCCCAACACGGAGUCCACUGGCCUCAAAGUCGGCGACAGGGUAGCCAUUGAGCCUGGAGUCCCCUGCUCAAAGGUGACGUGCCAUUUCUGCCGUUCAGGAAACUACAAUCUGUGCCCGCAGGUAGACUUCUACUCGGUCCCACCCAUGGAUGGAACUCUCACGCGAUACCAUACCCACCCAGCAGCAUGGCUGCACAAGGUGCCUGACACCAUGAGCUUCCCUGAAAUUGCCCUCCUCGAGCCCUUGAGCGUCUGCUUGCGUGCUACAGAGAGGGCAGGCAUCGAGCUAGGCUCCCCGACCCUCAUUCUAGGUGCCGGCCCCAUUGGAGCAGUACAGCUCCUCUGCGCAGCCGCCUCCGGUGCCAACCCCAUCGUCAUUGCCGAUCUGCAGCCUCAGCGCCUUGACUUUGCCAAGCAGCUUUGUCCUGAAGUCUCGACCUUCCAAGUGAACACCUCCCUCACCCCGGAGCAGACGGCGCAACAGAUCAUCUCCCUCUUCACCAAGCUGAGCAACGGUGUGGGCGGUUCAGGCCCCAAGGGCGAGGUCAUGCCCUCGGUCACCAUCGAGUGCACGGGUGUCGAGUCAUCCAUUGCCGUUGCCUCCUUCUCCACCCGCCCGCAAGGUCGUAUCGUCAUCACCGGUGUGGGCAAGGCAUACCAGACUAUUCCCUUCAUGCACCUCAGCACAAACGAGAUUGAUGUCAGGUGGGUCUUCCGCUACAAGGACACAUGGCCCCGCGCUAUCCGUAUCGUGGCGAGCGGCAAGAUGCCCAACCUCAAGAAGCUGGUCACACAUACCUUCCCGCUCGAGAGGGCAAAGGAGGCUGUAGAGCAUUCGGCGGACCGCAGUCAGUUCAGCGUCAAGACGCUCAUUGUUGACGAGGAGGACUAGACGGGCGGGCGAGUCGUGAAAUAAGGAUCUAAUGAGCCUAGUGUAACGAAAUGAUGCCGUGCUAAAAAGUACAAGUAGUGUGACGGGCCAAUAUCUGUCGUGUCUAAUGUUGUACGGGCCCAUCGUGAGAGCGUCGUCAUCGUCUUCGUCUUCGUCGUAACUCUAGCCGCGCUGGCUGCUCCACUCUCUCGACCCUCGCUCGCUCACAUCACCACCCGUGAGGUGGUGACAACGGUGGUGGUUGCCCCGCCCGAGCCCCUGCGCGUAGUAGUGGUCGUGGUUGUA